AUGGCCGGGGUCAGCUACGCGGCGCCCUGGUGGGUGAGCCUCCUGCACCGGCUGCCGCACCUGAGCCUGCGCUGGGAGCCCGCCGGCAGCCAGUUCCGGCCCGAGGACCCCGACUACCAGCAGGCGCUGCUGCUGCUCGGGGCCGCCGCGCUGGCCUGCCUGGCCCUGGACCUGCUCUUCCUGCUGCUCUACUCCUUCUGGCUGUGCUGCCGCCGGCGCAAGACCGAGGACCACCUGGACGCCGACUGCUGCUGCACCGCCUGGUGCGUCAUCAUCGCCACGCUGGUGUGCAGCGCCGGCAUCGCCGUGGGCUUCUACGGCAACGGGGAGACCAGCGACGGCGUCCACCGGGCCACCUACUCGCUCCGCCACGCCAACCGCACGGUGGCGGGGGUCCAGGACCGCGUGUGGGACACGGCGGCCGCCCUGAACCUCACGGCGGAGCCCGGCCUGCAGAGCCUGGAGCAGCAGCUGGCCGCCCGGCCCGAGCCCCUGCGCGCGGUGCGGCGGCUGCAGGGCCUGCUGGGCGCGCUGCUGGGCUACACGGCCGCCAUCCCCUUCUGGAGGAACGCCGCCGUGUCCCUGGAGGCGCUGGCCGAGCGGGCGGACCUCUACGACUGGUACAGGUGGCUGGGCUACCUGGGCCUGCUGCUGCUGGACGUGGCCAUCUGCCUGCUGGUGCUGGUCGGCCUCAUCCGCAGCUCCAAGGGCACCCUCGUCGGGGUCUGCCUGCUGGGUGUCCUGGCGCUGAUCGUCAGCUGGGGCGCGCUGGGCGUGGAGCUGGCCGCGGCUGUGGGCUCCAGUGACUUCUGUGUGGAUCCCGACACCUACGUGACCAGGAUGGUGGAGGAGCACGCGGUGCUGAGCGGAGACACCCUGCAGUACUACCUGGCCUGCUCGCCCCGCGCCGCCAGCCCCUUCCAGCAGACGCUGUCAGGCAGCCACAAGGCGCUGGUGGAAAUGCAGGACAUCGUGGCCGAGCUCCUGAGGACCGUCCCGCGGGAGCACCCGGCCACCAAGGACCCUCUGCUCCGCGUGCAGGAGGCGCUGAACGGCACGGAGGUGAACCUGCGGCACCUCACGGCGCUGGUGGACUGCCGCAGCCUGCACCUGGACUACGUGCAGGCGCUGACCGGCCUCUGCUACGACGGCGUCGAAGGCCUCAUCUACCUGGCCGUCUUCUCCUUCGUCACCGCCCUCAUGUUCAGCUCCAUCGUCUGCAGCGUCCCCCACACCUGGCAGCACAAAAGAGGCCCCGAGGAGGACGGGGAGGAGGAGGCGGCCGCGGGGCCGCGCCAGGCCCAUGACAGCCUCUACCGCGUGCACAUGCCCAGCCUGUACAGCUGCGGCAGCAGCUACGGCAGCGAGGCCAGCAUCCCGGCCGCGGCCCACACCGUCAGCAACGCCCCGGUCACCGAGUACAUGAGCCAGAACGCCAACUUCCAGAACCCCCGCUGCGAGAACACGCCCCUCAUCGGGCGCGAGUCCCCGCCGCCCUCGUACACGUCCAGCAUGAGAGCCAAAUACCUCGCCACAAGCCAGCCGCGCCCCGGCUCCAGCGGCAGCGGCCACUAG